CUUCAAACCAUUUUAACGGCAACAACCAACAACAAGAUGGUAGCCUCCAGAUUCCUCCAAUCAUUGUUGUCUCAGACAUGGAUUCAAGUGCAUCAGAGUGCCGGGACUCGCAGACAGGGCUGCGGAGAUCUUCCUUCUACAGCACAUUAGACCUGGUGCCACAGCUGGAGCACUAUGCCAGUACACUGCCGCGCAAGCAGGCCAAGAGCCGACCUUCUCUGGGGACUCUCCGUAGGGCCUUUGAGGAGGUGGAGGCAGGUAUGGAGGUAACAAACAGCACAACAGACUCAGGUGUUAGCACUCUACCAGUCACAGACAAUGGAGAUGAAGAAUCACAAGCUCCACCCAAUGAGAAAGGUCCUGUGAGAUUUGGCUGGGUGACUGGAGUCAUGGUUCGAUGCAUGCUGAAUAUUUGGGGAGUCAUCCUGUUUCUCCGCUUCUCCUGGAUCGUCUCUCAGGCAGGCAUCUUGCUGACCUGUCUAAUUAUCCUGAUGUCUGUGACGGUGACCUCAGUAACUGCCCUCUCCAUCUCUGCCAUCGCUACCAAUGGGAGGGUGAUCUCAGGUGGGGCCUAUUUUAUGAUCUCCCGCUCACUGGGCCCUGAGAUUGGUGGGCCAAUUGGGAUGGUGUUCUCCUUUGCCAAUGCUCUGGCCUGUGCCCUCAACACUCUUGGCUUUGCAGAGGUGGUCCGUAAUCUACUUCAGGAGUUUGGUGUCGUCAUGGUCGAUGCAGUCAACGAUAUCCGUAUUGUGGGUGUGAUCACGGUGACUAUACUUCUGUUCAUUUCAUUGGCCGGGAUGGAGUGGGAGUCCAAGGCCCAGAUUUUGUUCUUUGUAGUUCUCAUGGUCUCAUUUUCCAACUACUUGGUGGGCACAGUGAUCCCUCCGAGUCUAGAGAAACAGGCCCAGGGCAUCUUUGGAUACCACAGUGAGAUCUUCAUAGCAAACCUGAAACCAGACUGGAGAGGAGCAGAUGCCGACUUUUUCCAUAUGUUUGCCAUUUUCUUCCCCUCUGCCAUCGGCAUCCUGUCUGGAGCCAACAUCUCUGGAGACCUCAAAGACCCUGCUACUGCCAUCCCCAAAGGCACCCUCAUGGCCAUUUUCUGGACUACAAUCAGUUAUCUAGUUAUUGCUGUAACUGUUGGGGCGUGUGUAGUGCGUGAUGCCUCUGGUAACAUAACUGACAUUCUGACUGGGAACAUCACUGAGGGCUGUGUGGGUCUGGGAUGUGGCCUGGGUUGGAACUUCACAGAGUGCAUCCAGACACAGACAUGUAAAUAUGGUCUGGCCAAAAACUUUGAGGUAAUGGGCCAAAUUUCAGGUUUCACCUAUCUUAUCACUGCUGGUGUCUUUGCGGCCAGCUUGUCAUCUGCUCUCGGCUUCCUCGUCUCUGCCCCUAAAGUCUUUCAGUGUCUGUGCAGAGACAACAUAUACCCAUACAUUGGAUUCUUUGCAAAGGGUUAUGGAAAAAACGAUGAGCCACUCCGGGCCUAUCUACUCUGCUACAUCAUUGCUGUGGCCUUCAUUAUGAUUGCUGACGUGAACACCAUCGCUGUCUUGAUCUCCAACUUCUUCCUAUGUUCCUACAGCCUCAUCAACUUCAGCUGCUUUCACGCUUCCAUCACCAAUUCACCUGGUUGGAGGCCGUCAUUUCACUACUACAGUAAAUGGACAGCUUUGUUCGGAGCGGUGAUCUCGGUAGUGCUGAUGUUCCUGUUUAAGUGGUGGGCUGCUCUCAUCACCUUCUGUAUCAUCUUCUUCUUGUUUGGAUAUGUCAUCUACAACAAGCCGAAGGUAAACUGGGGAUCAUCAGUCCAGGCCGGUACAUACAACAUGGCUUUGUCAUACUCUGUCUCUCUGUCUGGUGUGGAGGAUCAUGUCAAGAACUUUAGACCCCAGUGUCUCGUCCUGACUGGGCCUCCAAAUCAGCGACCAGCCCUGGUGGACUUUGUUGGCUCCUUCACCAAGCAUAUAAGUCUCAUGAUCUGUGGAGACAUAAUCACGGAGCAGGACAGCCACACUCGGCCGCAGGAUGCUACCGAUGGGUUAGUGAAGUGGAUGAACAAGAGGAAGGUGCGCUCAUUUUAUACUCCUUUCACGGCAGACAGCCUCAGAGUUGGAGCUCGACAUUUGUUGCAGGCGUCUGGUCUUGGCAAACUGAAGCCCAACACGCUGGUCCUGGGCUUCAAGGCAAACUGGAGGGAAUGUUCUCCUGAGAGCAUUGAAGAUUAUAUCAACACCAUAUAUGAUACUUUUGACUCCAACCACUGUUUGUGCAUCUUGAGGAUGAUGGAUGGGCUGGAUAUCUCUGAGCAGUUUGAGUUUGGAGUGAACCAGGGCUUUGAGCCUGAUGAUUCUGUGGAAAAUGGCGACCAGCAGUCACCUGAGAGAGAAUCAGUUGACAAUAUCAGUGGCAGCAGUGAUCAAAUCAAGACAGUGUUUCAGAACGACCAGGGAAAGAAGACCAUUGAUGUCUACUGGAUAGCUGAUGAUGGAGGUCUGACACUGCUGGUGCCUUACCUGCUCACCAGGAGGAAACGUUGGCACCACAGUAAGGUCAGGGUCUUCAUCGUAGGUGACGAACACAACAUGGAGGAAGGCCGCAAUGAGAUGAUAGCUCUGCUGAAGAGGUUCCGUCUGGAUUUUAAUGACGUUAUAGUCAUGACGGACAGUGAGAAGCGUCCACAUCCCAAAAACCUAAGCAGAUUUGUGGACAGUGUCGCCCCCUUCCGACUAUAUGAUGAACAACAGGAAGGUGUCUCAGUUCAGGAACUGAGACAAAGCACCCCGUGGAAAAUAACUGACAAAGAGUUUGAAGCCUUCAAACUUAAGGCUGAGAGAAAAGUGAGGCUGAAUGAAAUCAUCCGGAGGAAUUCACAGAACGCUGCUCUCGUGCUUGUGAGCCUUCCUGUGCCACGCAGCGACUGCCCCAGUGCUCUGUACAUGGCCUGGUUGGAUACGCUGACGUGUGGCCUCCACUGCCCUGCGGUGCUCAUACGAGGGAACCAGCAGAAUGUCCUCACUUUCUACUGCCAGUGAAUCCUCACUUGGAUAUUCUGAGACAGCAAGUUAAUGCACUACCCUGGGACAAAAUGAGAAAACACACAGACUCAAUAAGUGAAUUAAGUAAAAAAAAAAUGAAGGAAGAUCAGGCCUUUAUCAAGUAUGCAGAAUAAGAGUACUUGUAGAUCAGCUCAUGAUGCUCACCGACAGUCUACGCGAGAGGGAAAGAAGAAAGGUCGAGGACACUGCUGCACCCUGCAAUGGAAAGUGAAGCACCCACACGCAAAGCUUUUGAGUUUAAGUCAAAUGGUAAGGUAGUCAGAGAUGCAUGGUGGUUUUGCAGACUGGGUCACUCAGAGGUACGAGCCUUGCAACAGCCAGUAAGUGGGUGCAACUGCAGUGGUCCUUGGCAUAUGUUCUCCAAGUCUCUGGAAGUCAACCGGAGGGAUGAACACAUAUUUUCCAAAAGAUAUUCCCUGCUGUGGGUGUUCAAUUUGGCUGAGAGCUGGUGUGAGUGUGUAUGUAUGUAUAUAUAAAUCUGAUGAAAUUAAACAUAGUCCCUCAAACCUAGUAUUGACAUCACACUGGUGCCAUUUUUGUUUUAGAUAUGUAAUGUUAGCCUAUACUGCACUUUGACUCACUUCCUCAGAUCAUAAACUGUAUAUAAAGAUGGACGUAGCGAGGUGUGACGUCACCCAUUGGUUUGCAUUGGAGCCGGUUUGAAGCCCAGAGUUGCAGCUUAUGGUCAGUAGCUUCUUUUACCUUUGGAGCCACGACCUUCCACAUAAGGAAUGUGGUGUGUUGCCUUUCAUGCUCUGGAAACACAAUUCGCUACCACGGACUGAAGCUUGUGAAGCAUGUGCUAAUAUGGAAGAUAUCGUAAUCAAGUAACAUUAAUCUUACCAAUAUAUUGCGGGACAGCAUCCUGUAAAGGUCUUGCUAGUGUAACUCCUUCACUACAAAGACAGUAGAACAUAAAAAUCACUGUUUAUUUUUUAAACAGAAGCUCCAAAAGCCGAACUCAGUGCGAGUCUUGGAGCUGGGACUCACACCAAAUCCUACUAAGUCUUCAAAUCUUGUAAACAAAGCAAUAAUUUCCAAAAUGACCACCAGCACACUU